AUGGCAAAAAAGAAAGGAGGAAAGAAAGGAUUUGAGGAAAUUGAUGACAUGUACGAUAUGUACACAGAAAUGAACACAGAAUAUGCAGAAGAAGAAGUGGAGGAAGAGAUAGAAGAAGCAGAGGUGCAGCAGACACUGGAAAUCCCUGAAUUAGACGAACAGAAAAUGAUUGCAAAAAAACUCGAGAGACUAACCAUGCAAAGACCAGUCCAUAAGCCAAAGGCAGAAAUAAAAGUAGAGCAAGAAAAGGAAAUGGAGACAGAUUAUAGAAGCCCAAUAUGCUGCAUCCUAGGACACGCAGAUACAGGAAAGACAAAGAUCCUUGAUAGAAUUAGGGAGACAGAUGUGCAGCUAGCAGAAGCAGGUGGAAUUACUCAGCAAAUUGGUGCAACGUACAUUCCUAUAAAGGAGCUAACAAAAAAGUACAAAAUUGUAUCUGACAAGUUGCCUGGGAUCUUAGUGAUAGACACACCCGGGCACGAAGCAUUCUCUAAUUUACGGUCCAGAGGGUCUUCUAUGUGCAAUAUUGUGGUCCUGGUGAUUGACAUUAUGCACGGGUUGGAGCUGCAGACAAAAGAAAGCAUUGAGCUGUUAAGGAGCAGAAAGACGCCUUUCAUUAUUGCAUUGAACAAGAUAGAUAGAAUUAAUGGAUGGAAGUCAAAGGAUACACCAUUUUCCGUGAAGUCCCAAAGCAAAGCUGCAAAGCUGGAGUUUAAGGAUAGGUUUGAGAAGAUUGUUUUGGACCUAGCAAGUAUUGGCUUGAACUCUGCAAUAUUCAUGAAGAACCCAAACCCAAAGGCAUAUGUGAACAUUGUUCCUACGUCUGCUGUUACAGGAGAAGGCAUCUCAGAUAUGCUCUCAGUGCUGCUUGACCUUGUGGAAACAAAUCUCCUGAAGAAAGUUAAGUUUGAGGAGACUGUGCAGUGCAUGGUGCUUGAAUCCAGGUCAGAGGAAGGAAAGGCAGCCACAAUUGAUGUAAUUUUAUCAAACGGAAUAUUAUCCGUAGGUGAUAAAAUAGUUGUGUGCACGCAGAAUGGAGCCGUAGAGACAGUCAUUCGGCACCUUCUGACACCAAACCCCAUGAAAGAGACAAGAGUCAAGUCAAAGUACAAGGAAAAUAAGAGUGUAAAGGCAGCAAUUGGUGUCCGACUGGCAGCACACAAACUAGAGGGUGUCCUAGCAGGAAGUAAACUCACUGUAGUAAAGAGCGAAGAAGAAACUGAAAGAAUCAUAGAGGAAGCAGAUGAACAGAUCAGAGCCACAAUACAGAACUUCAUUUCAGGCGACAAAAAGACCACAUCUGGAACUAUUUUUGACGUAGUAGGGGAAGAUGGAAUACACGCACAGGCAAGCACACUAGGAGCACUGGAGGCACUUAUUUCUAUUUUAAAGAAGGCAAAUAUACCCAUUAGAACGGUUGGAGUUGGCAGCAUAUCAAAGAAAGAUAUCAUUAAGGUAUCAACAAUCUCUGAAAGACACCCAGAAUAUGCAGUUAUGCUUUGCUUUGAUGUGGUCCCAUCACAGGAGAUGCAGGUCAUUGGGAAGGAAAUGAAAGUGAAAUUCUUGACUGCAGAAAUAAUCUACCACCUGACAGAAAAGUACAAGAAGCACAUGGAAGAGCAAUGGGCACAAGCAGAAGAACAGUUGAAGGACAAGGUCAUUUUCCCAUGCAUACUAACAAUAGUACCAGGCUGCGUAUUCACAAAAAGAUCCCCACUGGUGCUGGGAGUAAAAGUGCAGCAAGGAAUACUUAGAGUAGGCACGCCCUUAGCAGUAGUCAGAGAUGGAGAAAUCACACGCAUUGGGCAAGUCACAAGCAUUUUAGAAGACACAAAAGUAAACCCGAAAAAUGACAAAAUAAAGGCAGGUGGAAAGGCAUCGAUAAAGGUAGAAGUAUCAGGAAACCAGCCACAAAUUAUUGUUGGAAGGAAACUCUUUGAAACAGACCAAAUUGUCAGUAGACUAACAAGAGAGUCAAUUGACUUGUUGAAGGAAAGUUUUAAAGAUGCUUUAACAAAGGAAGACUGGCUCACAGUGAUAAGUCUGAAGAGUAUCCUGGGAAUCCACUAA